AUGAAGCACCUCGCCGCUUACCUCCUCCUCACCCUCGGUGGCAAGGCCACCCCCUCCGCUGCCGACGUCAAGGCCGUUCUCGAGUCUGUCGGUAUCGAGGCUGACUCCGACCGCCUCGAUAAGCUCAUCUCUGAGCUCGAGGGCAAGGACGUCAACGAGCUCAUCGCUGAGGGUUCUUCCAAGCUCGCUUCCGUCCCAUCUGGCGGUGCUGGUGGCGCUGCCGCCGCUGGUGGUGCCGCCGCUGCCGGUGGUGCCGCUGAGGCUGCCCCUGAGGAGGCCAAGGAGGAGGAGAAGGAGGAGUCCGAUGACGACAUGGGCUUCGGUCUCUUCGACUAA